AUGAGGCGACGCCCUGGGUUCUGGAUAGAACGUGCCUUGUGUGGACAAGCGCGAUGCCGAUGCCCGUGUCGCCGUCACGCAAGCACAUCCCGGCGGGUGUUCCGCGCGGCGCAGAAGAGUCUCGUCGUGCGGGAGAGCGCGAGCUUCCGCGCGUGCUGCGCCCAGGCGGCCGGGCCCUCUCAUGCGUUCCUGGGUAAGACUAGAUACGGUAGACGACCAGACGACCAAUCGUCGGAUAUUGACUUUACCGACGAGGAGAUGGACGGCCGAGGGAAGCUGCGUGCGCACAUCGAGCAGAGCCACAAGGGAGAGUACAUGGAUGACGGCGUCCUCUCGCGACUCUGGCCGCUCCAGGAAGUCAUCUUGUCCGACACGGUCCAGUUCGCCAAAUGCGAGCCUGUACCCGGCGACGACUUCAAGGGCCACAGCCCCUCGCGUCCCGCGCCGUCCAUGGACAAGGCCCUCACUCUCGUCGGCAGCCUCGGCAUCCUGGCGCAGACGUGGGACACGUACGCGCUCGACGACGACACCCCCAUGUGGCACAGGCUCGGCACGGGCAAGUGGUCCUUCUUCGACGCCUACUUCGGGCUCGGCGAGGCGGCGCGCGCCAGCAGCGGCAAGGUCUCGCCGGCGGUGCCGCGCGCGCGCGAUCUCGGGCUGCACCUCGUCAGCACGCGCCAGACGUCCAAGGGCCGCGACUUCAUCCUCGCCAUCAUGCCGCAGUACCAGUUCUACAAGGUGCCGACGACGGCGCGCAAGAUGACCUUUUCGGAACUCUUCCUCGACUGCUGCCGCCAGCUGCGCAGCCACGACGCCGGCAUCGCGCCGUUCCUCAUGGACUCGGAGAGCCCGCUCGACGGCGACGUCGGCACCCUGAGCUGCGGCGUGCCCGAGCCCGUCUGCCUCGGCGACCUCGCCAAGCUCUUCAACGGACCCGUGCAGCGCGCGCCGGAGCGCAGCGUCGUCGAGCUCCUGACCUUGCAGCCGCAGCCGGCGCCGACGUCGGUGGCGACAGGCGCUCGAGCUUCUGAGCGCGCCGAGCUGAUGCAUGAGAUUGCGCGACUGCAGGCGCAGGAGGACAGGGAGGAUUCGGACUCGGAGGACGGCCACGAUGGGGGCGUCAGCGAGACGUUGCAGAGGCGGCUCGUGUUGGAGGCGCUGCUGCGGACGCUCGGCUGGAUCGACUGGAACCAAGGGUCGCGGGCCAACGCAGAGGCCAUGACGGACCGGUCGGCCAUCAUCUUCAGGCUGAAGGAUGCGCCGUGGGAGAUGUCGGCCAUGCUCGUGGCCAUGGUGAGCUGCGGCAUGCCGCUGAGCGCGUACGAAUGGGCGAAGGAGCAUCUCGCCGUGGUGCAUGUGAAUGUGUUCCAGAGAUCCUUCAUGGCGCUGGCGCCGCAAAAGGUGAUGAAGCCCGACACCAUGUUCUUCAUGAGGCAGGUGGAUGACUAUGCCAUGGGACGUGAUGGGGCGAUGCCGAGGUUCACGUUGAUGGCGAUGGAUACCGACAGUGACAUUUACAUGAACCAGUGCAUGUUCCCUCCGGAUCUCGCCAUGUCAAAUGGAUGA